GGGGGCGGAGCUCGGAGCGGCCAGGAAAGGGGUCGCUGUGGCUCCGGCUCCUGGAGUUGCGGGGCUUCCUCGGGCUCCACUAGGAGGAGUUCAGGUCCCUAGCGCGUGUGGCUACGGUCCUGGGGACAGAGUCAGCUGCGCUGGGAGGCGACAUGAGUGCUGCGGGGCUGCUGGCUCCAGCCCCGGCCCCGACUGGAGCGCCGCCGGCCCCGGAAUACUACCCUGAGGAGGACGAGGAGCUGGAGAGCGCCGAGGACGACGAGCGCAGCUGUCGGGGCCGAGAGUCGGACGAGGACACUGAGGAUGCUAGUGAAACUGACCUGGCAAAGCAUGAUGAAGAUUAUGUAGAAAUGAAGGAACAGAUGUAUCAGGACAAACUGGCUUCACUCAAGAGGCAGCUACAACAACUGCAGGAAGGUACAUUACAGGAGUAUCAAAAGAGAAUGAAAAAGCUGGAUCAGCAGUACAAAGAGAGGAUCCGAAACGCAGAACUCUUCCUCCAGCUGGAAACUGAACAAGUGGAAAGAAAUUACAUUAAAGAAAAGAAAGCAGCAGUGAAAGAAUUUGAAGACAAGAAGGUUGAACUAAAAGAGAACCUGAUCGCUGAGCUAGAAGAAAAGAAGAAAAUGAUUGAAAAUGAAAAGCUAACCAUGGAACUAACAGGAGAUUCAAUGGAAGUGAAACCCAUCAUGACCAGAAAGUUGCGGAGGCGACCAAAUGAUCCUGUCCCCAUCCCAGAUAAGAGGAGAAAACCUGCUCCUGCUCAGCUAAACUAUUUGUUAACUGAUGAGCAGAUUAUGGAGGAUCUGAGAACAUUAAAUAAGCUUAAGUCACCCAAGAGACCAGCAACCCCGUCCUCUCCUGAGCACCUGCCUGCUACACCUGCAGAGUCUCCGGCCCAGAGGUUAGAGGCUCGGAUAGAAGAUGGCAAGCUAUACUAUGACAAAAGAUGGUACCAUAAGAGCCAGGCCAUCUACCUGGAGUCAAAGGAUAACCAGAAACUGAGCUGUGUGAUCAGCUCAGUUGGAGCCAAUGAGAUCUGGGUGAGGAAGACAAGCGACAGCACCAAGAUGAGGAUCUAUCUGGGCCAGCUUCAGCGUGGGCUCUUUGUGAUACGCCGGCGAAAAUUUUUAACUUACCGGGAAUAACUACUUGGCCUUGGAAAUGGAGAACCCCGUUGUGGAUUCUGCAAGGCACUUUUGUGGCUGGCCACUUCCAUCUUUCUGUCAUUCUUUCUCGUCACGACUUCUUCUAGACAUCUGGCAACGAUGGACUCUUUCAGGAGUAUUGGGAGUUUGUUUUAUUUUAUUUCUUUAUUUUUUCUUUCACCUGCUUUUUAAAACCUUUGAGUUUAAAGGGACAAGCCUUUUUGUUAAUUAUCUUUAGGUCUUUCUCCUGUGACAAAGAGCAGGAAGGAAUACACUCUGUGGUGCAUUUUCAUGUCUUGAAUCUGAUUAGUGGAUCACGUAGCUGCUUCCCUUGUCAAGCCCAAUUCACUGUUUUCCCAGCAGCUUGGGGCAGAGGUCCCAGCAGAAGGAGAUUAAUUCUCCUGGCUCGUAGCCUUCUCAGAGAAAUUAAUGCCUAUGUAACAUCUGGCACAUGCCACCCAUUCCCCUGGCUGAACAACAGGAGACUGCACUGUAGUAAAUAGAUCUGGGUUAGGAACAUUUCAUAUUCAUAAUGUGCUGAAGUUACCAUAUUUUAAAUGUUAUUUAAUGCAGGUGAUUUAGUCAGACACACUUAUUCUAGCUUAGGCUGGCACAAGCGAUAAUUGCAGACAUUUUCAUUUGUAAUUCCUUUCCCUCCCUAGUUCCCAAGGAGGUAGAAGUAGCAGCUGUCGCAGGCUGGUCAUCUGGCCUAGCUUGUAGGCAGGGCAGGGAGAUUGACAGUGUAAUGAUCAAUGAUCUGUAGACCCUGCAUAACCCGUGUCACUUGGUGUGGUACCAUGAGCACACAUUGGCCAUUCUGCACCAUGGAACCUUGUUACCAGGCCCUAUUGGAGAGGCAAGCUGUGCUGUGGCUGCCACCAAACAUGCACUCUUCCUUGGUGAGUCCUGGAGAAGCAGCCUUCCGUGCAUGCUCUGCUUCUUCCUCUCUUUCUUUUGAUUGGAGAAGUGAUUGGUUCACUGAAUGGUGGUGUUUUUGUAUUCCAGCUGCCAACGAGGUUUCAAGCAUUUGGUGCUAGAGUAGCUGUUAGGGUCUCUCUGUGCAGUCAGAACUUACACGUAUUAGGACAUCUUUGUCCGUACUUCCAUUGGCUCCUUGAUCACAGGCCUCUGGACUUGCUUCCUGUUCUCCUUAUGAUGUACAUACUGCAUAGCAAGUUGGGGUCUGUGAUGACAGAUCCCCUGAAUUCUGACUUCCCUUGAGACCAGUGGUUCUCAAG